UAAAAUACACAUCUGUUGUCACCGCAAGAAGUCGCUGCAACGACACUGUCGUCCUCAGCACACAUGGUGUUGCCUGCGAGUCACUCACGAUGCCGUCUGCCAGCAUCCAUAAUGUUAAUUGUCUGCAGCACGCGUGGUGUCGUCUGUGAGCACUCAGGGGGGUCGUCUGCAACGACUGGUUCUGGCUGAAGAUGAUGAACAAACAAGCAAACGCGCAUAGAAUUGUAUACAUAAACAUAUCCCAACCCAGCCCACUCACACACUCAUGCACGAGCACACGCAUACGCAUACGCAUACGCAUCUAACAAGAAUGAAAUUCUUUGCGCUGUUGUAAUAUCUGAAAAGAAAUGUGUUCGUCAUGCUUUUCAGCAUCAGGUGCUACAUGUUUAAAGCACUCCUCAGUCAACAGUCUAGAAAAAGGGUCAGUAGUGGCAUGUGUAUCAAAGCUCUAGCAGCAACAGCACCGCCGGAGAGGACUGCUGGGUUUCGUGACCGACAGAAGCCGUAAUUGCAACCGAGGACUGCUGCCCUGGCUUCCAGUUCCACUUUGUCGACGUAGGCAGCGGUGGAGCUUCAGCCAGGCUGCAACCUUACGUAGGACUGCGACACACAGACGGACACAAUGAUUCCUGGGAAUGUUCCGGUGGACUGGUCUUUGGCGCUGUUCGCAUCCCCUGUAAUAUGGAUUUGAUCGUGACGACGGUUGCUGCACCGGGAUCCGGGAGCUUGGGCUGAUCACGUCCAUCACCACUGAUGGCGGCCUGCUGGAUCCAUCUGCAUGUUUAGCUCGGCUCGGACAGGCCACGAUUAUCGGAGUGCCUCCCAUCCUCCCAUACGUCCUCUCCUGCGCGCUUCUGUGUCUGGUGUAGAGUUUGGUCGAUGCUGGCAGUGAUCUGUGAGCUCUUACCAAGCCUGCAGAACUUCCCACGCUGACCACCAUCUCUACAACUGUCAACAACAGCAGUGUUCUUUGAUUUAAAAAAAAAUCAGAACAAACCCAGACGUGCCUACCAUCACCUACGCUAACCUAAUCCAUCCCAGCCAGUGCUCCGAGAUUCCCUGUUCUGUUUGUGUUUAUUGCGAGACAAAUACCACACUCCCUGCUACCCCACCCACCGACACCCACACACCUCUAUCUUUUUAACACCGGGGGACUUGUGUAUAGAUAUCCAGAUGACAGCGACGAUGAUGGAAACAAGGAGAUUACUCGUUCUGUUAGCCGUGAUGACAGUGUAUCUGUGCGUUGGUGCUGCCGUCUUUAAUGCCUUGGAGGCUGGCGACGAGAGAGGACGAAAGGAUGAACUGGAGAGGAGCAUUAGCUGGUUUAUCUCUAACUACACCUGCGUGGACGAAAGUCACCUAAAGCGUCUGCUCCGACAAGCUAGUAUGGACGGUGAACUCGUCUUCUACAUCAUCAACAAUAAGACUCACCUGGACAGGUGGGAUUUCAGCGGCUCCUUAGGCUUUGCUAUCUCCGUUGUGACUACUAUCGGUUUCGGUAACCUGGCGCCUCACACGAAUCCAGGCAAGAUAAUGUGUGUGAUCUACGCCUUUGUGGGCAUCCCCUUCAUGAUGGUGCUACUGGCAGGCAUAGGAGACAUGCUGAUGGUGGCACUGAAGCGGAUUGCCAAUCUCAAGCUGUGUCCCAAAAAGCGACGGGUUAAUCGCAUUCUCAACAUGCUGGUCAUCAUCGUACUGGGCAUCGUAGUGGGCUUCCUGGUACCAGCCACAGUGUUUCACAUUAUAGAAGACUGGCAUAUCUUGGAGGCUCUCUACUUCUGCUUCACUACCCUCUGCACAAUUGGUUUUGGUGAUUACAUUAUAGGCAUCCACGAACAGCGCAUCUCUGAGGGCCCGCUACACGAGGCGUAUGAAGUGCUUGCUUACAUCUGGAUUCUGUUCGGCCUUUCCUACGUCUCGCUCAUCAUCAAGUACAUCAGUGACAUUCUCGCUUCUAAUGCAGAGCUAGUGGAGCGAAAAACUGUACAACGGCUUGAGUCUUUUUUGGGGGUUCAAUUUUGCAGGCUGAAAAACGGAGACUGGGUAGCGAACUGUGGAAGUCUGGCUUAAGGAGUGCUUCUAUAAACAGCAAUAAAACGACCGAGUCCUUUGCACUUGAAAACGAGGUGAAUGGGGUGGAGCUUCUCAGUGUCAACUACAUCUAGAACAUGUAGCCAGACAUGGGAGAAAGUUUAUGAGGGUUAGCUCUCUAUGGACACUGGAGAUCAGACCUGUGAGCCUUGAAGAGAUGAGCCGAAAGCAUGACAGUCAUGCCAGGUCUCCAUUCAGCUUUCAUUAGCUGGUGUUGGCCAGAAUUAGUGGGACAGCUCCACUCUUAACACUGGCGCAUACAACCCUGUACAAUGGGUAUACAUGGACAUCCGUGCUUCUUGCUCAACCCCUCAUCUGCACAGCAGUCCAUGGCUCCUGCAGACCUGUAAAAGGUUUCCAGCCAACGCAGCUGUGGAUGGUGCUAAAAAUGUGCACUUGGUAGUGGAACAGUUGUUCAGCGGUCCAUAAGUUUAACCAUGGUUCUUAUCAGUGUAAAAAAAAAAAACAAAUCCGACUCAAAAUGUAUACUGCAUUACAUUUUUUGACUGUAUAUUUAUGUUAAUAUUUUCUUACAAGGAUAUUUGAAAAGUAAAGUGAACUUCUUUGGCAGUUGGACAAACAUCCAGUUCAGCAGCUGCGCCACUUCUAUGACCAAAGAACAAAAACCUUGUCUGCACGUCUUUAACGUCAACAGCUUGUUGUAUAUGAAUGUGCCACUUCAAAUUCAGUUUUAAAUAAACACUGUUUUUCAGGUUACAUAUAAAAUGAGUUGAAUCAAAAGGUGUACCCAGAUUUAUAGGCUUUUACAUGGCCAUUUAUCCGGCUCGCGUCACUAGUUUGUCUGUUGGGUCGUAGCAAUGAAGCGAGGCAACAUGGGGAACUGAAGGACAUGCGACUUGUUUCUGAAGUCAUAAAGCAAAGUGCAGCCCCUGCAGAUGUUUUAGCCCUAGAGUCAUAGUUAUAAGACAGUGGCAAAUGUCAUAUGAUAAACAAACAUGAAGCAGUGUUCACAAAGGCCAUGAUACUGCUUUAUUACUUUGAAAACAAGACAUUUUUCCUUCUGUUCAUCAUUUUGCCCUGGGGGAAAGACUUUUCUCUCGUAACUAUAUGACCUGUGAAAGAGACUGUUUAUAACCUUUCUUACACAAUUUUCUCUGCACAAUAAGCUUGUCGUUCUUUUGCUUUCCAUCCUUGUGUUUUUUAACAAGAUACAUGUCAAAUGUUGAAUGUCAGUUAUAGAGACAAUAUUAAAUGCAAAAUCAUCCUGAGGAAUUUGUACUUUGCACUCAGAGAAGAAUGAGUGAGCAGGAGUUUUGAGUAAAUUUUAGUUGCUUAGACAUGGAUAAAAUGUAAAAUAAUAGCACUCAAAAAAUAUUCUUAA